AUGUCGACGCCUGAUGUUCCAGUCUCAAGUGGCACGAACGCAUACGUAGUACCGUCAUACAUACCAAAAGGCGCACCAAGAGGCCCAGCUGCCAUGCGAGUGUCUCGUCCAACUCAAGACGAAGCCCAUGAUGAGAUCGACGACUGGUUAGAGUCUGGACUACAGUCGUAUACAGAAGAAGGCCAGCGCAUGCGUGAUGCUGCGAACGGCGUCCAUCUGACAAAACGUUCGACCGUGCUACCCAGCGCUACCGAUCUGGGUACUAGACGUGAAGAGCCCGAACAAGCUUCACCGCCUCCUGCUUACCCUGAAGAGACUGCCCCAGCGCUCGAUGAAGAUAACGCGAUCGUUCCCGCCCGCUCACAUGAGUCAAGGCAGUUUGGUGGAAUCGUCCGUCACAUCGCCGUCAGCGGUGACUACAACAACAUCCACUUGAACACCGGUACCGGGCAGCAAAACAUCGCGCAUUACGACUAUCGCAAGUAUCGAGAUGAAGAGAAUGUUCAAGAUUAUCAGGUUGAUGUGAACGGCGGCGGCGGCGGCCGCGGUGACGAAGGCUACGAUGGUGCGAACGAGGACCGCAACGACCGCGGAUUUAUUCAGGAUGACACCCCAGGGUAUCGUUCACCGAUAGGCGACCGAGACGAUCGAGAUUAUCGGGGUGACGAUCGCUACGAUGGAAGCCGGGCUGGUGCGCGCUACGAUGAUGACGACGGAUACCGAAGUGACGGAGGUUACUAUAGCUAUAGUGAUGAGAGUGAGUACAGUGACUGGUAA